ACAACCUCAUUAAACAAACAACAUUGAUUUAAGGUGCGCCAACAAAUGCUCAUACUAUCAGUCUCGUCAUACUUAAGCCUCAAUCUUUACUGUCAUGCAUUUCUAUCAACCACUAGAAGGCAAUGUUCACCUAUCUUUUCUUUUGGCAUUUCCUGGUUCGGUCGAGUUUUUAUGACGUCAGCGAUCCUGCAAAGAAAACGCAUUUCAUACAACAGCGGCCUGUGAUCCCACUUGUACGCUGUAAUUUUUUUUGUCUUUGGUGGAGGAUUUGUCUGUAAUCCAUCACCAACAUGAAACUCGUACGUUUUUUGAUGAAACUCAGCCAUGAGACUGUGACCAUUGAGCUGAAGAAUGGAACCCAGGUCCAUGGAACUAUCACGGGUGUGGACGUCAGUAUGAAUACUCACCUGAAGGCGGUGAAGAUGACUCUGAAGAACCGCGAGCCCACCCAGUUGGAGAGCCUCAGUAUCCGUGGCAACAACAUCAGAUACUUCAUCCUGCCGGACAGUCUGCCCCUGGACACCCUGCUGGUCGACAUUGAACCCAAGGUCAAGUCCAAGAAGAGAGAGGCUGUGGCUGGGCGGCCAGCUCUAGGAAGUCUUGGUAAUUCCAAACUUCUUCCAUUUAACAAUGAUGGCCACUGUUCCUGGGGACCUUCAAUGCUGCAGAAAUGUUUUGGUACCCUUCCCCAGAUCUGUGCCUCGACACAAUCCUGUCUCGGAGCUCUACGGACAAUUGCUUCGACCUCAUGGCUUGGUUUUCACUCUGACAUGCACUGUCAACUGUGGGACCUUAUACAGACAGGUGUGUGCCUUUCCAAAUCAUGUCCAAUCAAUUGAAUUUACUACAGGUGGACUCUAAUCAAGUUGUAGAAACAUCUCAAGGAUGAUCAAUGGAAACAGGAUGCACCUGAGCUCAAUUUUAAGUCUCAUAGCAAAGGGUCUGAAUACCUAUGUAAAUGAAGUAUUUUUUAUUUAUUUUUUACGUGCAACAAAAAAAAUCUGCCCUGUUUCCACUUUGUCAUUAUGGGGGGUAUUGUGAUGUCAUUAUGGGGGGUAUUGUGAUGUCAUUAUGGGGUAUUGUGUGUAGAUUGCUGAGGGUUUAAAAA